AAAUGAUCAACUAGCCAGUAGUUACCAUCCAAACAUAGCCCCAACCGUCCCGAAGCAACGCAAAAGAUUGUAUUGGUGCGUAGCCAAACAAGAGUGCACUGCGUGAGCGAUCCACGAUUCAGCCGUGAUCUCGCUCCCUUUACCUCCACACGUGAUCUUGCUCUUUCUUCUUCCACCCAGCCGUGAUCCCUUCUUCUACUUCUUCUCUUCUUCCAGAACUAACUCGUGGUCUGAAAGCAGAGAUAUAAACUGAUACUAUUCUAUCCGGAAUAUAGUAGCGAGGGAAAGCGAUGGAAGAGGAGGGAGGAGGGGUAGUGGUGAGGGCGUUCGACCGGGAGAGAGACUGCGAAGGGGUGGAGGCGGUCGAGAGGAUGUGCGAGGUAGGGCCCAGCGGUGAGAUGACCCUCUUCACCGACCUCCUCGGCGACCCCGUCUGCCGCGUCCGCCACUCCCCCGCCUAUCUCAUGCUGGUAGCGGAGACGAGCGGGCCGGAGAGAGAGAUCGUGGGCCUCGUCCGGGGGUGCAUCAAGACAGUCGCCUGCGGCAAGAAGCCCCACCGCGUCGGUGCUCCUGCGAGGCACCAAACCCCCAGCCCCAUCUACACCAAGGUCGCCUACCUCCUCGGCCUCCGCGUCUCCCCUUCCCACCGGCGGAAGGGAAUAGCGCUGAGGCUGGUGAGCCGGAUGGAGGAGUGGUUCCGAGAGAAGGGCGCGGAAUAUGCGUACAUGGCCACGGAUAAGGAUAACGAGGCGUCGGUGAGGUUAUUCACCGAGCGGUGCGGCUACUCCAAGUUCCGGACACCGGCGAUCCUUGUCCAGCCGGUGUUCGCACACCGGCUCCCCGUCUCCCACCGCACCCAGAUCCUCCGAAUUCCCGCCGCCGACGCCGAGACCCUCUACCGCCGGCGUUUCGCCACCACCGAGUUCUUCCCCCGCGACAUCGACGCCGUCCUUUCGAACCCCCUCUCCCUCGGGACUUACCUCGCCGUGGAGCCGGGGUUCCGGUGGGCGGGCAUCGAGGCGUUCCUGGCUGCGCCGCCGGAGUCGUGGGCGGUGCUUAGCGUGUGGAACUCCAAGGAGGUGUUCCGGUUGGAGGUCCGCGGGGCGUCGCGGUGGCGGCGGGGGCUGGCGCGGACGACGCGGGCGGUGGACCGGGCGCUUCCGUGGCUGCGGAUCCCGUCGGUGCCGGACCUCUUCCGACCUUUCGGGCUCUACUUUCUUUACGGCGUGGGCGGUGAGGGGCGGAAGGGGGAGGCGAUGGUGAGGGCGUUGUGCCGGCACGCGCACAACGUAGCGAGGGAGGGGAGUUGCGGGGUGGUGGCGACGGAGGUGGCGGCGUGCGAUCCGCUGCGGCGGGGUAUCCCCCAUUGGGUGAGGCUAUCUUGCGCGGAGGACUUGUGGUGCGUGAAGCGCCUCGCCGAGGACUAUAGUGACGGCGCUCUUGGGGACUGGACCAAGGCCCCUCCCGGUCCGUCCAUUUUUGUGGACCCUCGCGAGUUCUGAUUAGAAUCUUGCUUUCUUGCUUCCAAAUGUUCGAAAGUUUAAACAGGGGCGAAGAAAGAGGGGAAAAUCUGUAGGAUUCUUUUUUGGCAACGGUGGAAACGGGAUUUAGAUGGAUGUUCCUCCCGUAUAGAAUGAUGUCAUGGGCCGUAUCACUGGCUUUUCAUUUUUUCCCUUUUUUUUUUUUUUUGCGGGGGGAAAAAUUUCGUAACGGUUUCGAGAUAUGGGAUGGAAUCGAGGGGAAGAUGUGGUGGGAAUGGACUUUGCUUUUUAUUAUUUUUGUUUGUGAGUUUCGUGUCCUUUCUUUAAAGUUCUCGCCCUCUUUAUAUCUUGCCACCUCUCUUUUUCUGAAAGGAUGGCGAUUUGUUCCUUUGUGUCUCAUUUCGUUAAAGGAAAAUGAUACGUAUCACCCCUGGUGUUACGCCGA